AUCUGAGGGUGACGGAUGUGUCGUAAAAAUGGCGACGUCCUCUUCAGCAGGACUCGUCUUGAGUCUUUGCAAACAGCUGCAGAAUGCUUGUCGAAUAUCCUCGCAGAUAAAUAUUCAACGAUAUCCCGCUAGUUUGCCAAAUCUCAAUCCUUAUUUUUGCAGGGACAAGUUGCCACUUGUUGCCAAGUGCUGGUCCAGUCGCUGUAUCUCGCUAGUUCAGUGUCAUGCCUUUCACACAAGUGUUCACAGAAGGGGACUGGAUGAGUUCUUUGACCUCCCAGAGAAUUGGGGAGAGAGCAAGGUGAAAUCAGGUGCACCUUGGACUGCCAAACAACUGAGAACAAAGAGCAACGAAGACUUGCACAAACUCUGGUAUGUGCUGUUGAAAGAAAGGAACAUGCUUCUCACACUGGAGCAGGAAGCAAAAAGGCAAAGGGUUCAGAUGCCGAGUCCAGAGAGACUACGGAAGGUUGAGCGGUCAAUGAUCAGGUUGGAGACGGUUGUGACUGAAAGAGAGACUUCACUGCGUCUGCUCCAAACAGGCCAAGAGAAGGGCAGACCAGGGGCCUGGAGGAAAAACGUGUUUGGAUUUGUCUAUUGGUAUCGAUUCAAAGAAUAUGCCAUUCCUUGGUAUAUGAAUAGAAAAUACAAGAGAAAGAAGUUUUACACGCCCAAGUUUGUUGAACCACACAUCAGGUUACGCAUUGAGAAGUUCUUAAGGGAGAAGUACAGGAAAGCAAACAUGGAAAAGCAAAAGCUGGCCAAACUUCAAGCAAGGUUCCCCAACAUAAAGGUUCCGGCUUCGUAAAAAUGUUCAGUUAUUCUUGUCCAAUACAAGUCAUUGUCACAUGCUUCAUUGAAAAUUGAGUGAAAAUGAAGACACAACUCAUGUGAUCAUGUACGAUAAACUAUUACCUUACAAUGUGCAUUUGACUUCUUUUCAUGCAGUUUUGUGAUCAUUUUAUUAUAAGAUGGAGCCAUUGAACAGUAAACAAUUAAAUAGUUUAUUACUUCACGUGA